AAUUUCAAUUUGCAAUUUAAAUCAGUCAAAACGUAAACAGCAAUUUAUUACCGUUUUUCUAUUAAAAACAACUAUAAGCGUUAAUAUCAGUGAUAAAGUCUAAUGAAAUGUUUUUACAUAACACACAUCGGUUGUUUCUUUUAGUAUGGUUUAUCCAUUAAAAAUGAUUCUUUUGGGUUUAAAAAGGAAAAUUUUCAUAUUUUUCUUAAUAGCUGGUAUCGGUUUCUUCUUAUUUUUGUGGCGUCAUAAUUCACUGAUUAAUGAAACUGAUCGUCAGCUCAGAUUACAGAAAAUAUCUGAAGAUGUCAAAAAUGAAGCUAACAAAAUUGCCUGUAGGCAACCAAAGCUCGAGCUCUACAGUCCAGAAAUUAUGAAGUUUGUGAAACCUGUACCACCUAUAAAUUGUGCCAAGUCAGGUAUGGAUUGGGUAAAAUGUAGGGGUUCCGAAUGUGUUAUACAGGCUGCGGCAAUUCGAAAACAUGGCCCCAUCAAAUGUUCAUUUACUGACAUACUAAGGGUCAACGAUCACGAGCUAACUGACGGUGAAACCACUUUAUCAACUGAAUAUUACAAGCUUGAGAAGAGCGACGUGGUGAGAGUUUCAUGCUAUUCUUCGGAUAAAAAAUGGUCUGCCACACUAACAGGAAUCCGACUAGAUAAUGAUAUAUGGGACAACACUAGCUGGGAAGAAAUGCCUGACAGAGCGUUAAGAAUGAACGUGCUAAUGUUCGGAUACGAUUCGUUAUCUCGAAAUGCUUUUAGAAGAAAACUGCCAAAGAGCUACGAGUACUUGACUCAAGAAUUAAGAAGUAUCGUUUUAGAAGGGUAUAAUAUUGUGGGCGAUGGAACACCCCAAGCCUUAAUACCGAUACUUACCGGACAGACUGAACUUGAGUUGCCUGACACCAGGAAACGCUUGAAAAACACCCAUUAUCUCAACACUUAUCCUUUUGUAUGGAAUGAUUACAAAAAAGUUGGUUAUGUUACUGCGUUUUUUGAAGAUAUGCCUAAUAUUGGCACUUUUACUUAUAGGCUUAAUGGAUUUAAGGCUGCACCUACAGAUCAUUACAUGAGACCAUACUAUUUGGCUAACUUAGGGGAACAAUCUAAAUGGCCAAGGUUAUGUACUGGUGAAAUACCAAGACAUCAAGUAAUGCUUAAUAUGAUCAAAGAUUUUUUUAGCGUAUACCGAACAAAACCGAAAUUCCUUUUCGGGUUUCAUGCCGAACUCUCCCACGAUGACUACAAUUUAAUCGGAGUAGCAGACGACGACACCAUGAACUUCUUAAAAGAUCUUAAAAGUUCCGGGGCAUUAAACAACACCAUAUUGAUCGUUAUGGCCGAUCAUGGACACAGGUUUGCAGAUGUGCGUAAUACUGUUCAGGGCAAACAAGAGGAACGGCUGCCGUUCUUUUCCUUUGCCUUUCCCGAAUGGUUUGAGCGGGAAUAUCCUAAAGCUUUUAGUAAUUUUAAGGAAAACGCGAACAAACUAACGACUCCGUUUGAUAUAUACGCGACACUUCGUGAUGUUAUACAUUUGCGCUAUACCGGUGUGGCAGAUAUUACCGAAAGAGGUGUUUCGUUGUUUACUAAGAUCCCACAAGAAAGAUCUUGUGCACACGCCUUCAUCGAACCGCACUGGUGCGCCUGCUUGGAGUGGGAAAACGUUCCGUUAACGGAUCCAAUCACCGGCAGAUUAACUAAACACUUCUUAAAAACCGUCAAUAACAUCACCGCCGAUUAUAGAAAUAUUUGCGAAGAACUGUUUAUCAGGGACCUAUUCUGGAUCACCAAACUGGCGCCGAAUAAAAAAUUUUUGAAAUUCAACCAUAACGCGGACAUUGACGGUUUUAUCGCCGAUAUGUCGGCGAAGAUGCGUGUCAAAGAGAAUCUUUAUCAAAUUAAGUUGUCUCUGACGCCGGGCAAUUCGAUUUUCGAGGCUUCGCUCAGCCAUAAUUUGGAUAGUGACCGGAUCGAUUUAAAGAUUAGUGACAUCAGUAGGAUAAAUAUGUAUAAGGCGCAAGCUACCUGUGUGGAACCGAAUUUGCCUCAUUUAAGGAAAUAUUGUUUUUGUAAAGGGUCGAAAGUUUAAAUUAGAGUGACUUUAAGAGAACUGCAUUCAUUUAUGGAAUUCUUGGGUGCGGAAAUUAAUGGAUUGACUUGCAAUAAGAAAUAUAAACCUCAAGUUAAAAAGAACGUCCCAAAUUAAGAAUAUGCAGUUUCCCUCUCAGGACCAGCACAAGUGUAGUCAUGAAUUUUUAUGGUCAUGUCUUUUUAACUUAGGCUUUUCUGUUUUCUGUUGCAUGUUUACAUAUGUCGGCACCCAAGGCAGAAAUUGGCCAUGUUUGCUAAAUUUAAGACAUGUUUUUAUAUUUUUGUGAAAAACCAUUAGCAGUUUUCCAAAAACUCGAAGGUGCAAUCUCCAGAAUCUACAAUUGAUGUAUUUAUAUAUUUAUUUAAUAAGAAAAUUUUUGAAGCUAGUCAAAUUGAAUCUCUGUGUGUAAAAUUAAGUCUCGCUAAUUUUCUGGGAAUUACCGCAAUAAAUAUUGAACCGAUUUAUUAAUUUUAAUGGCUCGUAAGCCUCUCUAAAGCCUAUAUUUUUGGAAUAAAUGGGCUAAAAAACGCACAUUUUCCAAAGAAAAAGACACUAAACGUCUUUUUCUUUAAAACUGUUGCCGCAUAAUAUACUAUAAAGCUUUUUUUUUGUAAAAAACGAAUUAUUGUUAGUGGUAAACCGUCUAAUUGUAGUUUUGAAACGCCUAGUCAAUUUGCUAGAAUUGCAAAUAGAUCUGUGAAAAUUUGUUUAGGUACUAUGUAAAAAUGUGAUUACACAUUUGGCCAGUGACUUUACGUUAACCGUUUUUGUGAAUAAAGGAAAAUAGUUUUUACCUA